UGCUUUGCACAUUAUUUUGUCCAACAUGUAAAAGGAAAAACAAAAGCAGAUAGCAGAUCUGGACAUCUUAAACCCUUGCGGAGUUACGUCACUGCAAUAAACAAAGGAGCUCGGGGUAGGCCCGGGUGGCGCAGACGCGGUUGCAAUGGAGCCGACGGCCCGGAAGAGCAGGGGGCGCGCGCGAAGUUGCAAUUUAGAACCAAGCCGCGGGCCUUUUCGGGGACACAGAAGAGCGCGCGGCGGGGCUAGGAGUCCGCAGGAAAACCCCGAUCCCGGGCCUCGUCUCCGCCCCGGCCUUGAAAUGCUGCAGAUGCGGGUCGUGGACGCCUCGGGACACCCGGAGUGCCAGCGUUCCUUCUAGUUUGCAUCCCGCGCCCACUCCCCCCCCCCUCCCAGGAACGUGUCUUAUUUGGGGGCGAGAGGCAGGGGUGAGGCCUAAAGACAUCGCCUUUAGAACCUUGAGUUUGAACUUAGGCGCCACUAUUUAAAUGUUUGCAGUCAAAUUGGAAUUAGAAGUGACACUAGAAAAGAGAAGAAAAGGGGAUUUAUGGCCGUCCCCACACACACUCGCGCUGAUGACUGUCCCUGGGGGCUGUGAAGGCCGCGUCCUUCCAGCCGAGUCUCGCCAUAGUCCCCGGCCCCUGCCUGCAACACCUCCACUGGUGCACUUCAAGGAGGGUCCAAUGCCCCAUGUGGCCUUACACUCGUCACUCCUUUGCCUCUGUCUAGAAACCGGACUGGUCUUCCUGGAUCUCUUGCCGCAGAUGCCCGUAUCCUCAGGCGAUCCAACAACUCCAUUCCAUCUCUGGAAAUAACACCUCUGUCCUUGCAGCAAGGAGCAAGGCUCGAAAACCCUUUAGUAAAAGAGCGAUCUAGAGAGGGAGAGAGAAAGAGAGCGGAUGGAGGCAUUGGGCAGGAGACAGGCAGGAGAGAAUGUCCCAGUGCUGCAUGGCCGGAAGUGAUUGAUCAGUGAUUACUUUCCAGGAGAAAGUCAAAAGCUUAAAAUGACAGCAUCUGUAACAAGAGGCCAGAAACCACUAGAAAUAAAUUUAAUUAGCCCCAAACCUGAAUUUGACCCAGGCCUGGCAAGUUGCCCUUCUGGGUUGAUUUGGUAAGACCUCUUAGUGCUGAAGUGAAAUAAAAAAAAAGAAGUCACAGAAACUUUAAUGCAACUGUAUUAAAAGUUUUUUUUUUUUUUUUUUUUGCCGGGAGGGAGACAUGCCUCAGAAGCACAGAAGAUCAAUUAGGAGAUGCUUAUUAGGGCAAUCGAAAACAAAAGAUUUCGUGGUUUCAUUAUUGUUAUUAUUUUAUUUUCUUCCUGAAAAUGUGCAAGAAGAGCUCAUCUGGGUGGCCUGUGGUUUGUUUGGGAGAGGGGUGGGGAAAUCCAUUCUGACUGUAAUUUAAAAGAGAAGGAAUUCUUAAAAUAGAGAUGUUGAUGUUGCAGAAAACCCCCACUACACCCACCCUGCGCUCUAAAGACCCAAAGCACGAAUGGAAGGCGUCGGCCUCCACUGCAGCUUCUUUUGCGACCAGGCCCAAGGGGUUCCUGGGGAAACAGUCACUGAAUUGAAAGUAGUGUUUAACCCCAAGGAAAUGUGCUCUUGUGGGCACUUGCAAAACAAUGGACCCCACGUGAUCUGGGGUUGUGGUGGAGCUGGGAGGGCGACAUUUCCUACAAGGUGCGGCAGCGGAGGGGACGCGCGUGCCGCUUUCCCGGGUUUCGGACGGCGGCCUGUUUGGUUGUCGUCUGAGGCUCGGGGGAGGGUUUGGCUGCGUCCAAGGGAGACGUUCGGAGACAUCCAUCUUAUUUUGUUUGAAAAGUUGCUCGUCCAAGUUGUCACUGGGUGACAGCUUGGACUAAAGCUAAUUUGCGAACCGCGCCUCCUCUCUUCCCUGAGGAUCUCGGAGGCAGCGCCACGGACGCGGUGCUAAAUUGGGCGGUGACUUUGGACCCCAGCUUUCUCGAGCCAGAGCUCAGAGCUGAGCAGCUUGGCAACGGGAGCCCACGAAGGAUGAGGACACCAACUUUCGGGAUAAAGGCCGAGUGAAGAAAAAUCAGGCCCAAGUGAAGUCAGGAGGAGGGAACCUAGGGGGUCGCCCCCGUGUUCCAAGAGGCGGACUUUGCACCCGUGAAAUUACACAGGAGCACCAGCUUCUCUGGGCAAGCGCCGGCGCUGGGACCAACUCUCUAUGUCCGAUGUCGGUUUGGAGCUGCACAAGUUAGGGGAGAGUCAGAAUUCCCUGGAGCCGCCGCCCGGGCCCCUACGCAGGGGACCCCGCUCAGCCCACGCGGCAGCAGCAAACACUUUGGCGUGGCCGGGGCGUGGCCCACCUCCUCGGCCACGCCCCUCUUUCCCAAUUCCCCUCUACUCCCUGCUCCCAUUGGUGAAGAGGAUGGCCAAUGAGCACUCGGAUCGAGGUCCUACCCUGGAUCUGACUCCGAAGCUCCUGCCAAAACUUUGGGAGUUUUUAGAGAGGAGUUUUUUUUUUUUUUUUUUCCUCCUAUUACUUUUUUUUUUUAAACUAACGGAUUAUUAUUGUUGUUGUUUUAAAUUUAGCUCUUAGGGCUUAGCUGUUUGGGUUUCCUUUCGGUGCCCAGCCCCUGUCUCCCCGGCUUCCCUGGCGUGUGCGGAGCGGCGGCCCCCGCCCGCCCAGCAGCUUCAGCGCCCCUCGCUCGCCUCCAGCACGGGGGAGCGCGGGCGCCGCGCCGCCUUUAAAGUGAGGCCAGGGGCCGAGGCUGUGACCGGCCGGGAUCUGGGCCUCGCCUCUUCCCUCGGUGGCGCUAGGGCUCCCUGUCCUGUUCUCAGUGCGGACGGAGAAGCGAAAGCGGAUCGUUCUCGGCUGGGCUGCCGCUGCCUCCGGGACUCAUCGCGCUCCUCCCUGCGCACCCACCCACCCACUGGGCCCGGCCCGGCCGGGCCGCGGCGGCAGCUCGGCUCAUCCAGCCAGAAUGUUCGCCGCCGGGCUGGCUCCUUUCUACGCCUCCAACUUCAGCCUCUGGUCGGCCGCCUACUGCUCCUCGGCCGGCCCGGGCGGCUGCUCCUUCCCCCUGGACCCCGCCGCGGUCAAGAAACCCUCCUUCUGCAUCGCAGACAUCCUGCACGCCGGCGUGGGGGAGCAGGGGGCGGCCGCGGAGGGUCUGGCGGGGGCCUCGGCCGCCGCCCUCACCGCUCACUUGGGCUCGGCUCACCCGCACGCCUCUUUCCAAGCUGCCGCCAGAUCCCCGCUUCGACCCACCCCGGUGGUGGCGCCCUCCGAAGUCCCGGCUGGCUUCCCGCAGCGGCUGUCUCCGCUCUCAGCCGCCUACCACCACCAUCACCCACAGCCACAGCAGCCGCAACAGCCUCCGCAGCAGCCGCAGCCUCCGCCUGCGCCCCGGGCUGGCGCCUUGCAGCCCCCUGUCUCCGGGGCGCGGGUGGUCCCGAACCCCCCGCAUAGUGGCUCGGCCCCGGCCCCAUCUAGCAAGGACCUCAAAUUUGGAAUUGACCGCAUUUUGUCUGCAGAAUUUGACCCCAAAGUCAAGGAAGGCAACACGCUGAGAGACCUCACAUCCCUGCUAACCAGCGGGCGGCCCGCAGGGGUGCACCUCCCCGGCCUGCAGCCCUCCGCCGGCCAGUUCUUCGCGUCUCUAGAUCCCAUUAACGAGGCUUCUGCCAUCCUGAGCCCCUUAAGCUCGAACCCGAGGAAUUCAGUUCAGCAUCAGUUUCAAGACACGUUUCCAGGUCCCUACGCCGUGCUCACGAAGGACACCAUGCCGCAGACCUACAAGAGGAAGCGCUCCUGGUCGCGGGCGGUCUUCUCCAACCUGCAGAGGAAAGGCCUGGAGAAGAGGUUUGAGAUUCAGAAAUACGUGACCAAACCCGACCGAAAACAACUGGCCGCGAUGCUAGGCCUCACCGACGCGCAGGUGAAGGUGUGGUUCCAGAACCGGCGGAUGAAGUGGCGGCACUCCAAGGAGGCCCAGGCCCAGAAGGACAAGGACAAGGAGGCGGGCGAGAAGUCGUCGGGCGGAGGCGCGGCUGCCGACGGCGAGCAGGAGGAGCGGAGCCUCAGCCGCUCGGAGGGCGAGGCCGAGAGCGAGAGCAGCGACUCCGAGUCUCUGGACAUGGCCCCGAGCGACACGGAGCGGACUGAGGGGGCCGAGCGGUCUCUGCACCAGACCACGGUCAUCAAGGCCUCGGCCGCGGGCGCCCUCCUCCCGGCCAGCGGCGGCGGGAGCGCGGGAAGCGGCGGCGGCAGUUUCAGCUUCGCCAGCCUUGGCGGCGGCGGCGGCGGCGGCGGCGGCGCGGGGAGUGGGGGCGGCGGCGCCUCGGACCUGCUGCCGGCGCCCCAGCCCACCCUCAGCGGCGCUCCGCAGAGCCCCGAGCCCGCCCAGGCACAGCUGGGCGGCCUGUAGACUGCACGAGGCCGGGGCCCCGGGGCCCGCGUGCCGCCCCCAGCCUCCCAGGGUGGGCUGGAUUUUGCGCCUGCUUUGUGUUGGCAGCGGGGCCGGGGCCUGAGACGCCGCGGCGGCCUUGCCCACGGUCCCACCUGCCCGUCGCUGCCGCGCUGGUGCCCAGAGCCCGGGGCGGGGUGGGGGGGGGGGAGCUCAGUGCCCCCGCCUGAGAACCCCGCGCCGGCCAAACACUUCUCCCGGGCCGCGAGCAGUUCACACUGUGAAGUGUUGGACGCAACAGUUCUCCCCGCACUCGGGGUCGUGGCGCAAAGACAAGCUGCACUUAGGGCGCCACAAACUUGUAAAUAAAAUGUUUA